UUUUAAAAUGAACGAUACAACUUCCGGCUUCUAUACCGCUCAGGCAGCGGAAAUCAUUAAACUCAACAGAAGGAACUAAUCCGCGAAGUAUUCCACUCAAUUCUAUUUCUUUUAACGACUUUCAACGUGAUUUACAUAAAAGUUAUUUGGGGGUAAACGGCGUGAAAUUCAUUUGGAAUAUCCCGAUUAUGGUGUAAACGGGACAGUUCGGUGACUCUGACAGCGGCAGGUGUGUGAGCGUGUGUAUGUUGGUGUGCUGGUAUGCUGACGUUAGCCAGUAAGCUGAAGAGGGAGGAAGGCAUGAGGGCCGGUCGAACCUCUGCAGGCUCUAAUGAUGCCUCUCACAGAGUGUCCAUCAGAGAUCGACUGCUCAUCAAAGAGGUUGCAGAACUUGAGACCAACCUUCCAAAUACCUGUAAAGUAACAUUUCCUGAUGAAAACAAACUCCAUCACUUCCAGUUGGCCAUUUCUCCAGAUGAAGGCUAUUACCUUGGUGGAAAGUUUCAGUUUGAGAUUGAAGUUCUUGAAGCCUAUAAUAUGGUGCCUCCUAAAGUCAAAUGCAUGACUAGAAUAUGGCACCCAAACAUUGCAGAAACCGGAGAGAUCUGCCUGAGUUUAUUGCGAGAGCAUUCAAUUGAUGGUACUGGAUGGGCACCCACCCGUACACUAAAGGAUGUAGUAUGGGGACUGAAUUCACUCUUUACUGAUCUUCUUAACUUUGAUGACCCAUUGAAUAUAGAUGCAGCAGAGCAUCAUUUACGGGACAAGGAGGAUUUCAGGAACAAAGUUCAGGACUUCAUCAAAAACUAUGCAAGAUGAUGUCUCUGUUUGCCACGUGAGCCGCUCUCACUUGCAUGUGACUUUGCAGAUGUACGUCGAUUCAGACUGCAACUGAGACAAAAUCGCAAACUAUUAAAACAUACUUGGGGAAAGAAGAAAGUUAAAAUGUGUAAUGAAUGACGCCGUGAGUCCCUGAGCAAGAUUUGGGAGGUGGGGAUGUGGGCCUUACUGUCCAUUUCUGUGGGAUUUUUAUUUCGAAGCGGACACUCUCGCUGGUUCUUCUCAAUCAAGAUUGCUUUUACUCCCCCC